AUGGGUGACGUCGCUGUCGAAAACCCAGCAAACCAAGUGGCACCUCAUAAGAGGGCCGCGCUCUCAGCCAUUCCCACCAUUGAUAACUUCGAGGGUGUAUCAACCGAUGGAGGAGACGACUACGCGAACCUCAAGAAGCUCCAGAGGCAACUAGAGUACAUCCAGCUGCAAGAAGAGUAUAUCAAGGAUGAGCAGAGGAGUUUGAAGCGUGAGCUUGUGCGAGCUCAAGAAGAGAUCAAGCGGAUUCAGAGCGUGCCAUUAGUUAUAGGACAGUUUAUGGAGGCUAUUGACCAAAACCUCCCAAGUACUGGCAUUGUGCAGUCUAGCACCGGAUCCAACUAUGUCGUCAGAAUCCUCUCUACGCUCGACCGUGAGAAGCUCAAGGCUUCCUCCUCGGUUGCCCUCCAUCGACACUCUAACGCACUUGUCGAUAUUCUGCCCCCGGAGGCCGACUCCUCUAUUGCUAUGCUUGGUGCCGACGAGAAGCCCGAUGUGACAUACGCCGAUGUCGGUGGUCUGGACAUGCAGAAGCAGGAGAUUCGCGAAGCUGUCGAGCUACCCUUGACACACUUUGACCUCUACAAGCAGAUCGGUAUCGACCCUCCUCGAGGUGUUCUGCUCUACGGCCCUCCUGGUACCGGCAAGACUAUGUUGGUCAAGGCCGUUGCCAACUCAACCACCGCCAACUUCAUCCGUGUUGUCGGUUCCGAGUUCGUUCAGAAGUAUCUCGGUGAGGGUCCCCGAAUGGUCCGUGAUGUUUUCCGCAUGGCUCGCGAGAAUUCUCCCGCUAUUAUCUUCAUCGAUGAAAUCGACGCCAUUGCCACCAAGCGAUUCGACGCCCAGACCGGUGCCGAUCGAGAAGUCCAGCGUAUUCUCCUCGAACUUCUCAACCAGAUGGAUGGUUUCGAUCAGACCGCUAACGUCAAGGUCAUCAUGGCCACCAACCGAGCCGAUACUCUUGACCCUGCUCUUCUCCGACCUGGACGCCUCGACCGAAAGAUCGAAUUCCCCUCUCUGCGAGAUCGCCGUGAACGACGUCUCAUCUUCUCCACCAUCGCCAACAAGAUGAGUCUGGCUCCCGAAGUCGAUCUCGACUCCCUUAUUGUCCGAAACGACCCUCUGUCUGGUGCUGUCAUCGCUGCGAUAAUGCAGGAGGCUGGUCUCCGUGCUGUCCGUAAGAACCGUUACAACAUCAUUCAGAGUGAUCUCGAGGACGCCUACUCAAGCCAGGUCAAGGGUACCGGCGAAGAGAACAAGUUCGAUUUCUACAAAUAG